AGUUAACCCACUGUUCCUAGGCCGUCAUUGAAAAUAAGAAUUUGUUCUUAACUGACUUGCCUAGUAAAAUAAAGGUAAAAUAAAAAAUAAAUAAAAUCAAGGUUAAAAAAAUAAAACUUAUAAAAGACGGCCUGCUGAGAGUUGGGGGUCGCAUCACAGAAGCAAAACAUGGACAUGACGAGAAGAACCCCCUGAUCAUCCCAGGGAAACAUCACGUCGCAACUUUACUGGUGAGACACAAACGGAUCCAACAUCAGGGAUGCCUUUUCACAGAGGGAGCCAUCCGUACAACCGGUCUUUGGAUAGUUGGCGGUGAAAGGUGCGUGAACAGCAUCAUCCACCAGUAUCACCUGUCGGAGACUUCGCUGUCCUCCUUAGGCACAGAAGAUGGCCAGCCUUCCUGCUGAUCGUCUUUCCACCGAACCUCCGUUCACCCAUUUCGGACUGGAUGUGUUUGGUCCAUGGACCGUUGCCUCUCGCCAGACAAGAGGCCUCGCCCACAGUAAGUGGUGGGCCGUCAUAUUCACCUGUAUGAGCGUGAGAGCCGUUAAUAUUGAAGUCCUUGAGUCAUUGGAUACAUCAAGCUUUAUCAGCGCCCUGAGGGGUUUCUUCUCGAUCCAAGGCCCAGCAAAGCAGAUUCAUUCCAACCGUGGGACCAAUUUCAUUGGGGCCUGCAAGGAACAUAAGAUCCCCUCGAACAUCAACAACGACUCGGUGGAUACCUACCUGUCAGAACAGGGCUGCAUCUGGAUAUUCAAACCCCCACAUGCCUCUCACAUGGGUGGUGCCUGGGAGAGGAUGAUUGGUGUAGAAUCCAGGAUUCUCCUUGCUGUGUUCCUCCAACAGGGUCAUUCAACGCUAAAUCACGAAACGCUCAUUACUCUGUUGGCAGAAGUGGCUGCCAUCAUCAAUGCCAGACCUCUGGUUCCAGUCUCUACAGAUCCAGAUGACCCCCUCAUACUUACACCUGCUGCUCUCCUCACACAGAAAGUGAGUAUCCCUUCGAGUCCUGCUGGCGACUAUGGAGCCAAGGACCUCUUUAAGCGGCAGUGACUUCAGGUUCAACAUCUUGCAAAUACCUUCUGGGAUAGGUGGAGGAAACCAUACCUGUCUUCACUUCAGAUAAGAAGGAAGUGGCAGUCAAACCAGCCCAACCUUGAGCCUGGAAGCAUUGUCCUCCUCAAAGACAAACAAGUGAAUGAAUGGCCUGUUGGACUGGUAACUCAGGUCUUCCCCGGCAAGGAUGGUAAAGUCGAGGUUAGACUCUGCAAGCAAGAAGGAACUAAGUUCUUUAUUAGGCCCGUCACAGAGACGGUCCUGCUCCUCCCUCCAGAGGUCUAAACAAACAAGUUCUCUUAUAUGGACAUUCCAUAGUUAUCAGUGGUUAUCAGUUCUAAUACUUACCUAUAUUACUAACCUUGAAUUUAGCUCCCCCUAGUGUUGAUCUGGAGUAUUUUCCUUUACUGAGAAAAUAGACCUGUUAGGAGGAAGUUGUUCAUUGUUGCCUCAUGUAGAGCUCAGAGUGCUGUUUCCGUUGUCUGCUUACGAUCUUCGUCCAUCCAUUACGUUGUAUGCCUUAGGAAGCUUUAUCAUUUAGUAUUUUCAUUCCUUUUGCAUACAUCUUUCCUUUCAGAGCAUUAUUUGGAUGUGUAUGUGUACUUUGUGGAAUAGAUGGACAGCACUAGCUUAAUUGCUACAGUAUGUUAGCCUAGCUUUUACUUGUUGUCAGUGUGAGCAAAAUAUCAGGUUACAUUCAUAUCUAGUUUGUAUUUUAGGACAGAUUACAUUGGUUUAUGCAGACAUUAUUGUCUUUGUCUCAGUUUCAUGCUGUUUCAACUCAAUACAUCUUGUGAACAUGGAGAUCAUGCCUUGAGGAUUAUUGAUGUGAAGGCGUUUAACUUGCUGUUAAAAUAUGCACUGUAAUGCAUAUGGAGGUCAGUACGGUGUGUGUCAGUGCUGUGUGUAAGUUGACUCUGCAAAUAACCUGGAAUUUCCAACACAUUGUUCCUUAUUAAAACAUGAAGUGAUGCAGUCAGUCUCCCCUCAACUCUUAGCCAAG